AUGACAACCCGCCGAAGUCGAAGCCGCAGCGCAUUACGAGCGCACUUGUCGCGCGCUCGUCGUGACCAAUCGAGUCGUGAACGCCGCCGUAGCGACGAGCAGCAGCAGAGCGAACGCCGUCACAUUGCAGCCAGUCGACGCAAGAGAAGUCGUUCGCCGAGUCGCAGUCGAAGCAGUAGCAGUGAAAGGAAACUGCACCCGAAGCCGCGAAAGCCAAAGAAGAAGAAAAAGGAGGAGAAGAACAAGCGCCACAAGGAGAAGAAGCGGCACGUGCGGGGAACGAUGCAGGAAGAAGCAGCAGAGCGUGUCGAGGCAGACGUGGCUCCCAUCCAGUGUCCCGUUCAGCCAAUCACGGAGCCAGAAGACCGACAACCCGCGCACGCGUUGCCUCUUGACGUCAAGAGCUUUUUCGAACAGCUGCAACGGCAGGAGGUCGCCAAGAAACCAGUGGGUACUGUGCACUCGCGCGGCGUCGCUGCACCCGUUUCCGCCACGGCGAUCGCCAAGUCGGACAAAUGGGAGUGCAGCAAAGCCACGUGCGGCCACACGAACUCGAAGCACGCGCCGGCGUGUACGAAGUGCGGCGCAAUGAAACGCAUGACGGAGUGGAGAUAA